AUGCUUUAUGGAGAUCUGCCAUUGGCUGCUGUAGGUACACUCUGUCUCUAGAAGUCAUAGGCUCUGUGUGGCACACACUGUGCUCCAGUCCUGCCUGCCUGUGUACAGCAUGGCAGUGUUCUGAUUAUCUUUAUUUCCUGCCAGGGUCACACAAGACCUCACGCUUUCUGGGGGUUGCCCCUCAGUCCAAUAAGCAUUGGUAUAAAGCAAUAGUAUGGUAUUGUGUAACUGUAAACAUAAUCGGCCUAACAUGUGGGCAGGGCCUAAAAUGAAAUGAGACUUUGUCCUUGUUUUUUGGCUAUUUACAUUGUUUUGUUCACAAGCUAGGUUGUUUUUCUAUGUUUGAGUUUCAACUGCUAGGGAAGAGAAGACUACGCUUCUAGUCGGACUCAAUCUCACAGGCACAAACAUGACUCAAGUCACGCUACCAUGGUAACUUCCCACCCUUAAAGGGGCAGGUGAAUAUUUUUGUCUCAUCUGUGAUAUUUUGGUUAAAACACUCAGGUCACAUGAAAUGGAACCAUAUACCACAUUACUUCUUACUAGUAAUACAUUUUAUUGUUUUAAAAUCAUUACAAAAUAUGAUCAGCUGUUUUUGUGUUUUGUUGGUGUAUUUUUCCAGACAUGGCACUUAAAAAAAUAAAUAAAAAUUAUAGUUACAUAGCAACAUUUUGAUCCUCAAGUAAAACUGAUAUAUAUUUUUUUUUCUGGCCAAAACAUAAUUUAUAUAAAGGGCAGACAAACAAGUUCCCUACCUUCUCCCCCUUACACUUGCCUCUUCCGUUUUUGCCGUAAUGCUGCAAUCAGUUGGCUCUCAUUUUUGGCUAGAGCAAACAUUUCCAUAUAUGUUAACUGCACGUGACAACUCCACCUUUCCUAUUCAUAAUAUCAUUAACAAAGAUUUUCCUAUUAAUUUUUAUCCAUAAAGAAUGUUAUUUAAUCAAUUAGUAUAUUUGAAUUUAACCAUAUUUGUUGUAAUAUUUGUUCUGUGUUUUCUGGUGGAUGAAACUGGAAUUGCAACCAGCUUUGUAUGGCUUGUUAUAGAAAGGGUGAUAUUUAGAAAAAGGUUCAAUUUUCAAUUAACUGAAAGUGAGCGGUUGUAAUCUGGAUAAAGGGAAGAGGGCCUAGUAAGAAUGGGUGAGACAUUCUUACUAUUCUACUGGAGAACCAGUUCGUGUUUAAGUAUAACUUUUGUAUGACUGAUGCUUUUAGUGAGCGGUUGAAUGCUUUAAUAUUUAAUAAUUUUAACCCCCAAACUCAUAUUAAUUAUAUAAAAAAGCACUUUUUUAUGUUGUCUGGCUUGCCGUUCCAAAUAAAGAAAGAAUUUUAGCUCAAAUAAUUUAAAAGACAAAUCAUUCGGCGUUGGCAGGGCCAUAAGUAUAAAUAGGUCAACUGGGAUAUGACUAAAUAAUUCAUCAGGGUGAUUUUUCUAUAAAUAGACAGGUAUUUACCUUUCCCUGGUAGCAAGAUCUUAUCUAUUUUUGCUAACUUUCAAAUCAAAUUUUAUUUGUCACAUGCGCUGAAUACAACAGGUAUACCUUACCGUGAAAUGCUUACUUACAAGCCCUUAACCAACAAUGCAGUUGACUAAAUAAACUAAAGAAAAAAAGUAACACACUAACAAUAACGAGGCUAUAUACAGGGGGUACCGGUACCGAGUCAAUGUGUGGGGGUACAGGUUAGUCGAGGUAAUUUGUACAUGUAGGUAGGGGUAAAGUGACUAUGCAUAGAUAAUGAACAGCGAGUAUCAGCAGUGUAAAAACAAAGAGGGGGGGGGGGGGGGGGUGUCAAUGUAAAUAGUCCGGGUGGCCAUUUGAUUAAUUGUUCAGCAGUUUUAUGGCUUGGGGGUAGAAGCUGUUAAGGAGCCUUUUGGACCUAGUCUUGGCGCUCCGGUACCGCUUGCCCGUGCGGUAGCAGAGAGAACAGUCUAUGACUUGGGUGACUGGAGUCUUUGACAAUUUUUUUUGGGGCCUUCCUCUAACACCGCCUAGAAUAUAGGUCUUGGAUGGCAGGAAGCUUGGCCCCAGUGAUGUACUGGGCCGUACGCACUACCCUCUGUUGCGCCUUACGGUCGGAUGCCGAGCAGUUGCCAUACCAGGUGGUGAUGCAACCAGUCAGGAUACUCUCGAUGGUGCAGCUGUAGGACUUUUUGAGGAUCUGGGGACCCAUGGCAAAUCUUUUCAGUCUCCUGAGGGGGAAUAGGCGUUGUCGACUUAAAUUUGCAUCCGUAGUCAUGACACUUAACAUGCCACUGCUUUGAUUUUAAGGUUUUGGAUAUCCAAGUUGUAUUCAGCCUUUAUAUACUUAAUAAAGGUUAUUCUCAUAGAUCAAAUCUAUUUUACAAGAGCGACCACUAAAAUACAAAUUUGACCCACUCAGAGAAAGUGACUUGCGUCAGAACUCAAGCAUAGUUUUGUCUCCCCCUCAAUACACCAGCGCAGACCCUGACCUUUGGGUUGCCUGGUAACAAGCUCAGCGUUAAAGGUCAAAGUGGCAUGAGGUUUGAAAUAAGUGGCAUGGAAAACCGUAGUGCUCUCUCUUGGCCCCUGUUCCUUCUUUUGAUUUGAAGAUUUGGGUUCUUCUUGGUAGACCCAUGUCAUGUGUGGCUAAGGUCUAGUACUCGGCUAAGAUAAUGAUCAGUAGUACUAAUCGCACAAGACCUCAGCUCUUGUCAGAUCUUCCAUCUUAAUGGCUGUGUAGCCUAUUUAGGCUAUAGCCUUUUUAGGCUAUAGAUUUGGUGUUUGGUAAUGGCAGUGUAACUGAGCCUUCUUAUAGGCUAGUACUGUACAGUGUUAGUGGCUAUUUGCGUAUUCGUAGACUGAUUCAUAAGUCUGUCUGUGUUAAUGAGGCAGCAAGAGUCCUGACUCAUUCACUCACGUGGCUUAUGAAACCGUUAGUGGCCCAGAUCAAAAGCUCCGUUCUACAUUGAUCCACUUCAGCCCCGGUUUCAAGGAGGCGAUCUUUACUUACACUGACAAGUUCUGUUGGUGCAGCCCAAAAUACUUGCUAAUUACAACUCACAACCACCAACAAAGCCUUGACCCCUAUCAUUUCCAUCAUUCUGUAAAUGUGGUUAAAUGCUGUGUGUUUUCUGUAAGAUGUUAGUAGGCUUGGGCGGUAUACCGUAUACCGGGGUGUUUGGAAAUAGCCAUGGGAUGGUUUGUCAAUACCGUUUUAAAUUAAUUAUUUGAAGGUUUUGCAAUACAUUUAAAUAUUUGUAGCCACUUUAAGUAAAUACCCGCAGUCAACUUGUGCAAUACCUUAGGCGAUAAAGCAGAUCACAUUCUUCAUUUCACAUUAUGAAGCUUACUGUAGUUCCCCAGAACAGUUGAGCCAGUCACAUGUUUGUUUGUAAAUAGCACAACUGGAGAAGGCGGGCGCAGGCGAGUCCAGCUGUGUAUUGACAGAGGAUGCGUUUUAUAUUGAAAGUGUUUUUUUGCUUCAAUUGUGAUCAGGGACGUGCAAGUUGUCCUUCACUGAAAAUACAUUAGUGCAUCACAUUCGGCAGAAAUUGCUUAAUUUUCAUCAGAUGACAACAGAAUUGCAACGCCAUUUGGCUGGCAGCCACACAAGUAAAUUAGCUUACAAUGAAAAAGCAAGGUCUUUUUUUGCAAAAACGAUGCAAGGCUAUCCUAUUUCUAAUGUUUAUCAUAGGAAGAAUGUAGCUACAUUUCCUAAUGUUUUGCUUAAAGUUAAUCUUGCAUUUUACCGGAGAAAAGUUGGCUGACUAAACCGAGAAAAGUACCGGAGCAAAGUAGCUACACAUCAGUGCUGUCUGCUCAUGGAAUGCCCAUAUGUGAAUUCUCAUCCAAGUGGAGAAGUGCAACUGAAGAACAAAAUUAGUCUGAUGCAGAGCAGAAAUUACAAUAAGGAGCAUUUUAGAUCUGCGUUUACAAAACGCAGCAAGAUUUCUUAUGCAUUUAAUAUUUUUUCCUGCGUGAAAAGCAAAGAAUUCUGCGUUAAUGUGACCCCUAAGUUUAACUUGCUAGUUAUCUAAGUAAGUGGCUGAAUUAAUAAGGUGAAGGGGCAUCAUAUUGUUUAGCUUUGUGACGCGUUUGAGAAGUCAAAGCCUUUGGAUGAAUUAUCUGCGUUUUUUCUCUUCUCUGUUCUCGGCCCAUCUGCUCCUCCCCCCUCUUUGAGCAGAGCAGGCAGACAUGUUGACCUAGCGACUCCACGUGUACACAUCCAGAGUUCUUCCUUCAGACAAGCAUGCGUCAAAAGUUUGUUCAUUUGCACAAUGUCUCUCAUUCAUAUUCGCUUGUAAAUGUCCAAACUCACCAAAAAUGACAUUCGGUAGCUCCUACCUAUCCAUGUAUAACUUCAUGAGCUGCAUUGGCUAUCUUUGCAAUUUUUUUAUUUGCGCUCGUUAAAAUUCGCUAUUGUGCUAAUUGUGUUAGCAUUCUGGUAAUAGACACCGAAUGCUCUUUUUUUGCGUUUUAUGGUGCCCCCUUGUGUACUAAGCCGGUAAUACCGUAAAUCCCAGGAUGAGAGAAGGAUGGUAUGACGAUAUUAAAAUCUGGAUACCAACCAAUCCUACAUGUUAGUCUCAGUCAGGGUAAUAAUUUGUCCUGGUUAAUCAGGAAUUCCUGCAUUCUGGACAUUUUCCUCCAUUCAUACAUUAUAGAAACUGAUCUAUCCCCUAGCCAAAAUCAACAUUUUCCAGAUUUUCUACACUGCUCAAAAAAAUAAAGGGAACACUUAAACAACACAAUGUAACUCCAAGUCAAUCACACUUCUGUGAAAUCAAACUGUCCACUUAGGAAGCAACACUGAUUGACAAUACAUUUCACAUGCUGUUGUGCAAAUGGAAUAGACAACAGGUGGAAAUGAUAGGCAAUUAGCAAGACACCCCCAAUAACGUUUUGCAGGUGGUGACCACAGACCACUUCUCAGUUCCUAUGCUUCCUGGCUGAUGUUUUGGUCACUUUUGAAUGCUGGCGGUGCUUUCACUCUAGUGGUAGCAUGAGACGGAGUCUACAACCCACACAAGUGGCUCAGGUAGUGCAGCUCAUCCAGGAUGGCACAUCAAUGCAAGCUGUGGCAAGAAGGUUUGCUGUGUCUGUCAGCGUAGUGUCCAGAGCAUGGAGGCGCUACCAGGAGACAGGCCAGUAUAUCAGGAGAUGUGGAGGAGGCCGUAGGAGGGCAACAACCCAGCAGCAGGACCGCUACCUCCGCCUUUGUGCAAGGAGGAGCAGGAGGAGCACUGCCAGAGCCCUGCAAAAUGACCUCCAGCAGGCCACAAAUAUGCAUGUGUCUGCUCAAACGGUCAGAAACAGACUCCAUGAGGGUGGUAUGAGGGCCCGACGUCCACAGGUGGGGGUUGUGCUUGCAGCCCAACACCGUGCAGGACGUUUGGCAUUUGCCAGAGAACACCAACAUUGGCAAAUUCGCCACUGGCGCCCUGUGCUCUUCACAGAUGAAAGCAGGUUCACACUGAGCACAUGUGACAGACGUGACAGAGUCUGGAGACGCCGUGGAGAACGUUCUGCUGCCUGCAACAUCCUCCAGCAUGACCGGUUUGGCAGUGGGUCAGUCAUGGUGUGGGGUGGCAUUUCUUUGGGGUAGCCUGACUGCCAUUAGGUACCGAGAUGAGAUCCUCAGACCCCUUGUGAGACCAUAUGCUGGUGCGGUUGGCCCUGGGUUCCUCCUAAUGCAAGACAAUGCUAGACCUCAUGUGGCUGGAGUGUGUCAGCAGUUCCUGCAAGAGGAAGGCAUUGAUGCCAUGGACUGGCCCGCCCGUUCCCCAGACCUGAAUCCAAUUGAGCACAUCUGAGACAUCAUGUCUCGCUCCAUCCACCAACGCCACGUUGCACCACAGACUGUCCAGGAGUUCGCGGAUGCUUUAGUCCAGGUCUGGGAGGAGAUCCCUCAGGAGACCAUCCGCCACCUCAUCAGGAGCAUGCCCAGGCGUUGUAGGGAGGUCAUACAGGCACGUGGAGGCUACACACACUACUGAGCCAAAUUUUGACUUGUUUUAAGGACAUUACAUCAAAGUUGGUUCAGCCUGUAGUGUGGUUUUCCACUUUAAUUUUGAGGGUGACUCCAAAUCCAGACCUCCAUGGGUUGAUAAAUUUGAUUUCCAUUGAUAAUUUUUGUGUGAUUUUGUUGUCAGAACAUUCAACUAUGUAAAGAAAAAAGUAUUUAAUAAGAUUAUUUCAUUCAUUCUGAUCUAGGAUGUGUUAUUUUAGUGUUCCCUUUAUUUAUUUGAGCAGUGUAUGUUCCUGUGUGAUUGCAGCCAGUAAAAAAAACAGACAAACUCCAGAACAGAUUGUUCGUAGCUUAUUGAAAGCAGGGUGAUUGAUGGUUAAGGUUCAUUCUUUUCUCUCUCUUCUCUCUCUCUGUCAGAAAUGGUGGAGUCCAUGAAGAACGUGGCGGGCAUGGACGUGGAGCUGACGGUGGAAGAGCGGAACCUGCUGUCGGUGGCUUACAAGAACGUGAUCGGAGCCAGAAGAGCGUCCUGGAGGAUAAUCAGCAGCCUUGAACAGAAGGAGGAGAACAAAGGAGGCGAAGACAAACUAAAGAUGAUCCGGGAAUACAGGCAAAUGGUGAGUCACGGGAACGUGGACGGUGGUAGUAGAAGUGGAGAACCCUAAUAAAGGUGGCUUGCUGUCGAAAUGUUUGUUAGAUAGGGAUGGUGUGUGGCUCCUUUCAAAGUAGACGUUUAUACUCUGGGCCCUUUAAAAAAAAAAAUAUUUUGUACCUUUUAAAGAGGUCCUUCAAGGGUCAUGUUUAAAAAAUAGACUAUAGUUGAGUGUGUUGAUGUUUUGUCAGUUCUCCUUGAGUUUGUUAACAACAGGUGUUGUGUGUUUUGUCUGCUCUGCAGGUGGAGACUGAGCUGAAAUCAAUCUGUAACGACAUUCUGGAUGUACUGGACAAGCACCUCAUUCCAGCUGCAAACACUGGAGAAUCAAAGGUUUUCUACUACAAAAUGUACGUCUACGGAUGGGAGAGCUCUUGAAAAACUAUUUUGCGAAUAUCUAUGCCCUGACUGACUGCGCUAGUAACAUGAGAAAAGUCUCCGCUCUCUCUCGCUCUGUGUGAAAAAACAUCUACUCUGCUUCUCAAUUCUCCACCCUUUGCCCUGAACGGUGCACUUGUGCGCUACUCCACAUGAAUUUAAAAGCACAGGAUUGGUGUAAGCAAGGGCUCUUACACCAAUCCUUUUAAAUCCAAGUAGGAGAGUGAAGAAGUGCAUACUUCAGGGAAAAUGUGGAAAAUUGGGACGCAGGGCUAGUCUCUCUAGGCAGUCUAGUCCUGGUCAAGGAGUAGGCCUAGGUGUCCACAUACCAGUUUCAAGGGCUGCAUGACAGUAAGAGCAUUAGCUCCCUUUUCAUUCAUAGAAUGAUUCUGCGUUUUCUCAGCCCACAAGCCAUGCUUGUCUGUGAAAGAGACAAGCAUGUUAACAUAUGCAGACCAUGGAUUGAUUGAUUUUGUUUUGUGGGGUUGAAAUAAGUGGUCUCGUUCUCCCCUCUUUCCUUAGGAAGGGAGACUACCACAGGUACCUGGCAGAGUUUGCCACGGGCAACGACAGAAAGGAGGCGGCAGAGAACAGCUUGGUAGCCUACAAAGCUGCAAGCGACAUCGCCAUGAUCGAACUCCCCCCGACACACCCCAUCCGCCUGGGACUGGCGCUCAACUUCUCCGUAUUUUAUUAUGAAAUCCUCAAUUCCCCCGACCGCGCAUGCAGGUGGGCCCCCUCUCUCGUCUUCUCUACCCACUUUUCUGUCUAGUCUUCAGUCUUCUCUCCCCACUCUUCUCUCGUCUUUUCUCUCCCCACUCGCCCAUCUUUUCUCUCCCCACUCGCCCAUCUCCCUCCUCUACGCUCCAUUGCAAGAUGUGUCAAAUAGAAAGCGAUUUGUGAGUGUCUAAUAAAGCACAAGCAUGAGACUUGAUUUGUUUGCAAUGCCUUACUGAGCAAGAAGAGCCUAUUCGGCCUCUAUUACCAGAAUGCUAACUACAUUAGCACAAACUAAUAGCGUAAUCAUGUAGCUAAAUGCUAACGAGCGAAAACGAACAUAAACUAAUUGCAAAGACUGGCAAAUCCAGCUCAUAAAGUUAUACAAGCAUAGCUAGUAGCUACAGAACGUCAUUUUCGGUGAGUGUGGACAUUUACGAGCAAAAGUGAACGUGAUAAAUUGUGCAAAUGAACAAAGUUGUGAUGCAUGCUUCUUUUGAAGGAAGAGCAGCAUGUGUACACAGAGCAGAUGGGAGAAGAACGGAGGAGAAAAAAAUGCUAGUAGGAAGCACAGGGAAAAAAUGGCAGCUGUACAGAACUCAUCCAGAACUCUUUGACAUCUGAUGGCAAACAUUAAGUAGUGAAUUGCAUACAAGUGUAACUUCAUCACCUCAUGUGCGCCGCACACACUCGCCGAUACAUAUAGAACGCUAUGGACUCACCAGCUCGCUUUCUCCCGUUGUGCUAUUUACAAACAAACACGUGACUGGCUCCUUCUGUUCUGGGGAACUAUGGUAAGUUUUAUAAAGUGACCGGUGAAAUAAAAACGCAAUCUGCUUUAUCUCCUAACGUAUUACACAAGUUGACUGCAGGUAUUAACUUAAAAGUAGCUACAAAUAUAAAAAUUUAUUGAAAAACUUCAAAGAAAUAGUUUCGACGGUUUAGAAAAACCAUCCUGUGGCUUUUUCCAAAUACCCCGAUAUAUGGUAUAUACGGUAUACCGCCGAAGCCUAAUUUCUACCAUGGUGGAAUUUUCAGACUGGGCGUGCAAUACAGGCUCCAAUACAUUUCAUUGAAGUCACCUGAUGUCCUGGCUAGUAAUACAAUAUAAUGUUUUAUUUUCUAAGACAUGUUAUUUUAUAUUCCAUACCAAGACAUGUUGUUGACUAGAUGUUCAGCCCAUUGUUGAUGUGAUUUGGACGCACUGUAAAAUUCAACCUUUGACCCCUCUACUCUGCUGCCCUCAGGUUGGCGAAGGCGGCGUUCGACGAUGCCAUUGCAGAACUGGACACGCUGAGCGAGGAGAGCUACAAGGACUCCACGCUCAUCAUGCAGUUGCUACGCGACAACCUGACACUAUGGACUUCAGAUAUGCAGGGAGAUGGUGAGCGUUCCAUGCUUCUUCACCUAUUAUAUGUAGCACAAUACAGUUGAAGGACUAAACGCACUCCAGUGUCUGUGUUCAAAAGUAUACUGCUGCUGCGUCAUCUUGACAGCAAAGUAUGAUCACAUGGAGGAUGGGUGUUUUCCAGCUAUUGACAGCACACAGACUGCUGGACCGGUGCUGUGUACUCUUAGGGAUGGAGAGUUGACAGUUGACCUCACCCACCCUUUCUUUAACUUCUCCCCUCAGCACAGUGGUCCUUCUCUAACCUCAGCAGCACUCCCUCUAUCUUUCUCAUUCUUUAUCUCUCUCUUUAUAUAAUUUUCCCCCCCUCUUUCUCUAUCUCUCUACUCAGUUCUCUAUCUUUCUGUUUCACCUAUUUCUCUCUCUUACUAUCUUUAUCCCUCUCCGUCUGUUGAGAUGUACUCAUGUUCACUGCUCUCUCUCAUUUCUCUUGUCUCCAUCUUCCUCUGUGUAGAUUCUUAA